CAGGAUUGAGCGAAAGAACAGGCUAAAGACAACCUCCAUCCUACCUUGCCCUGAACUCAGGCAUAUCUGAUGUCUUUCUUUGGGUUUGAACAAACGAAUGAUUUAGAGGCAGAGAAACGCAGAUUCCUUGAAAGCGGACUCAAAGGGGCACGACAGGAAGAUGUUGCUGUAUAUACUUGGGGAGAGGAUAGUUAUGACGGACUUGGAGACGCUCUUCAGGAACGAGGAGAUGAACUGAACGAUGAAACAUUUGGUGGGACAGGCCAAAUUGGUGUGUACCAAAGUUGAUCUCCUCUCGUUAUAUGAUAUUCAUGGAUUGAGUUCAGGGAAGGAUUUCGACUUUUCAACUACCGCGCUUCCUGAAGAUGUGCGGCCUCAAAUUCAUAGGGAGGAGCCAACUCGAGCAGGAAUUCCUUCCCAAGAGUUAGAGCCACAGCAACAACGGCCCGGUGCAUCAUUCCACUCGCUCGAAUCGAUAUGGGAUGACAAAUCUCCGUUUUCUGUGCUACCCAGGACGAAUGGUAGUCACCGCGCUGCCGAACAGCGUCCAUCUGCUUCACAUGCAUUUUCGCCAUUCACUGGUCAAACCCAGGACUCGCACGCUGGCGCUGGUCAGACGACUAGCCAACCUUUGCACUUAGGAGGCGUUCAUUCGCAGGGAGUCCGUACCUUGGAAGAGAUCGAGGCUGAGAUGCGACAAGCUUUUGCUGCCCAACGGAAUCAGAAUAUCUCUCCCUCGCAACCUGCACAGGCGCGAGUGAGUCAAGGUAGAGGUACUCCACAAUUACAGCAACGGUAUGCGCCUCAGCCAGAAGCUCCGACACCUCCUCCGAGAAUGCAUCCUCAUGCUCAGUCCCCUCGGUUCCAUCAGUAUCAACAGCAGGAGCAAAUCCAACUUUUGGAGCAACAGCGUCAGCGACAGAUCGCGGAGAUCCGGGCGCAGGAGAGAAGACAGCAGCAGCAACUACAGCUCUUGGAACUCCAAGAACAACUACGUGUAGAGGAGUAUGAACGAGAACGGGAUCGAGAACGUCAACGUCAUAUCCGAGCAACUCAACAGGCUCAGCAGCUUCAACAAGCGCAGCAACUUCAACAAACUCAAUACAUCCAACAACGACAACCUUCUGGUCGCCUGACCCCUUCCGUUGCCGAGUUACAGCAGCGCCGAUAUGGUCACCAGUCACCUGCUAACGUUCAGGCGCAGCCGGAUGCACCGUUUCAACAAAGCAUGCAAUAUCUCCCACGAGAUAUUCAGAUGCAACAACGAUUGCUUGCUGAGAUGGCUCAAGCAGAGUUUCUUACUAGCAUGCAAGGAUCGGCGUCACCCGCGUUAUACAACACUAGUAACGAAGUCGAAGAGGAUAGGGAGCAACAGGAGACCCUUCGCGCGGAGGCCAUGCGCAAGAUCAUGGAAGCUGAGCGCAUGGAGGAGAAACGUAGACGCAAAUUGGAAAAGAUUCGUUAUAUGUCCCGGUAUAACGACCUGAUGACACAGUCUGACAAGGACUUCAUCACUCGUAUCCAAGUCUCCCAGCUGGUCACCCAAGACCCAUACACCGACGACUUCUACGCACAAGUCUAUGGUGCGGUCAUGCGUUCUCGUAUGGGCGUGAGUGUCCCAGAUCCCGUCUUGAAGUUUGGCAGUGUUGGCGGUGUAGGACUCGGUGUCUCUCAAGUUAAGGGUGGCCGAAGACCUAGUGCUAUGCAACGCAUGGAAGCUCAGGUCGAGAGGAUCGUCAACAACGCUAGGUUACGGGAAAAGGAGAAGACAUCUCUGAAUAGCCUUCAGGGUGCUCUCGGAAAGACCGCAGGCCGAAGCUACAAGGCUGCUCCUCGUCAGUUGCUUCAAGUCGAUGCUAACGGCGCCACCGCCUCUCCUACCCUCUCUCAUGCCGCCGCACAUUCUCACAUUUCCAAGGCUGAUGCUAAGACUGAAGGCACCAGAGCCGACGCUGCGGCGGAGGCUGCCAAGAUGGGCAGGCAAGCUCUUGGUGGUACGGCUACCGGUCCUGCUCGCAGAGAGCCGUUGACCCAGAGGGAGACGCUGGUCAAGCUAGAGAUGUUAUACGACCUUGUUCUUGAGCUCGAACAGCAGAGGAGAGAUCAACCACCUGAUGAAGAAGUCGAAGCUACCGCUGCAUGGGAGAAACAUUUCGAGGAAACUGUCGAGGAAAUCUGGGAUGCACUCCAGGUUAUGGUUCCCCUGGACACUAGCGAUCCUCAUCCUUUCAUUUCACUCAUCACUCCUAUCAAGGGGAAAAGACUUCUCCCUCGUGUGACCCGCCACUUCAGCAGCGAGCAAUCUUUGACCCUCCUAACGCUUCUUGUUGCAUGCUUCUCUCAACUCGACGUAGUGGUCAACUCGUACUUGCUGGACAUUCUGACUGAUUCUCAGGAGCGAAGAGAUGUUGAAAUGCAGACUCAAGCAUUCUUGGGAAGUGUGAUGCAGAGUAUUUUGCCGAUUGGCGCUACUGCGAGCUUGAGACUUGUCAGUGGGAUGCUUGGAGUGUUCCUCGAGAGAAAUGAGAUUGAAGUUAUUGCAAGAACGAGGCCCGGGAUUGCGUUGUUGACACUUUUCCUGAGUCGAGUCGAGGUCAUCAAUCAGAGCAUGGCUAAUGCAACUGAUCCUUCGGAACUUCCGGCACCUGAAGAUUUAGAGCAAUGGCAAUUGAUGUUUGAGCACUUCUUCGAACUCAUCACUCCGCAUCUUCCAUACCUGUUCCCCUCCGUUCGACAAGCCAUUAACUCAGGAGGCAUCCCCGUCACUGAAAUCCCCGACAUGGAUACCAUAGACCAACCUGUCUGGCAAUUCCUUGCGACGCUCUCUCUCAACUCUUCCCUGGAGCAACAACAGGUUUUGGUGACCUCUCUGCGUGACCGCGUACUGGACAACGUUGCUAGUGCAUCAAAAGCCUGGUCUAUCUCUGACGAGGAGACGCGUAAAACGAGACUGUCGAAUGUGAAUAUCUUCUUGCAUGCUCUUGGUCUGGAUAGUUCGCAGAUUGCAAUGUGAUUGUGGAUUAACGUGAUGGCGGCGCACAUCUUCUGGAGGAAUUUCUUAUAAAGUUACAAAAGUGUAUAUUUGUUAGAGUAGUGUAGCACAUACGACAGAGGGAUCCUGACAUUCAUGACUACCCGCAUACACUGAUCGUUUUGGGUCACACCUU